GUGUCCACGAAGCAAAGGUACAGAGGCGAGCGGGCAGGCGAGCGGGCAGAUGGAUGGUGGUGGAACGAAAGCAAGUAGGCAAUCAGUGGUGUCGCGCACGUGAACAAAGACGUAGCACAUCAUCACACGCAGGAGAGAGAGGUCGAGGAGGAGGCUGUGAGAUCGAGAUCCCACAGAGGAGAGAUAGGGACACUUGUGACGAGCGAACGGGGACGAUGCCACCGCCAAAGACGAAGAAGACGAAGCAUGACAAGAAGCUGUUGAGGCUGAUUCACUUCAACGAUGUGUACCACAUCAAGGAAGGCCCCACGGAGCCUGUGGGAGGGAUUGCCCGCUUCAUCACAGCCAUCAACAAGUAUGAGGACACCACCGUCCUCUUCAGCGGCGAUGCGUUCAACCCCUCCAUCUUGAGCAGCGCGACAAAGGGCCACCAUAUGGUGCCAUGCCUCAACGCCGCCAAGAUCGAGGUGGCAUGUUACGGCAACCACGACUUUGACUUUGGGGAAGAGGAACUCAAGAAGCUGUCGCAAGAGUGCACCUUUCCUUGGGUCAUGACCAACCUGACUGACUCACAGGGCGUCCCCACGGGCACGGCGAAGAAGAAGCACGUCUUCGAAAAGCAGGGCGUGCGCAUUGGCGUCAUGGGCCUCGCAGAGAAGGACUGGAUCGACACGCUGAGCGAUCCCCCAGAGGACAUCCAGUACCGUGACUUCAUCGAGACGGCACAAGAGUACAUCAAGAUUCUUCGUGAGGAGGACGAGUGCGAUCUGGUGAUUGCACUGACACACAUGCGCGAGAACAACGACCUGGCCCUCGCAAAGGCCUGCCCUGAGAUUGACCUUGUGCUGGGUGGGCACGACCAUUUUUACCGCGUUACUCAGCUCGACAACAACAUCGUCAUCAAAUCCGGCAUGGACUUUAAGAACUUCUCCGUUAUUGAGGUGACGCUGAACGGCGACGCCAGGCCAAGCGUGGCUGUGGAGCGCGUCGAUGUGACGAGCGAAGUCGAGCCGGACUCGGAUAUGGCUGCAUAUGUGAAGGAGGCGGAUGAGAAGUACGCAACCAUCUUCGACAAGGUUGUUGGGUACACAGAGGUCGAGUGGAAUGUUCACAACAGUUCCGUCAGAACAGAGGAAAACGCGUUUGGCAACCUUGUGGCCGGGCUGCUGCGUGCACGUUAUGGUGCAGACCUGUGCAUCCUUGCUGGCGGCUCCUUCCGCUCAGACCGCGUGUAUCCUGCUGGCCCCGUCACCGCUCGCGUUGUCAGCACCAUCUUCCCCUUCACAGACGCGUGUGUUGUUCUGGAGGUUACAGGCAAGACCGUGUGGGCGGCGCUUGAGAAUGGCGUGAGCAAGUAUCCUCAGCACGAGGGCCGCUUCCCGCAGGUGAGCGGGCUGCGCAUGACGUUUGACCCGUCGCUGCCGCCCGGCUCGCGAUUGGUGGAGGUCACCGUCGGCGAGGACCGCGAGCCCUUGGACGUGGACAAGACGUACACGCUCGCCACCCGUGGGUACAUGGCCGACGGCCACGACGGCUACACGGCGCUCAAGGGCAGCAAGAUCAUUGUUGAUCCCGAGAAUGGCUCGCUUCUCUCCACGAUUGUCGUGCAGGCCCUCACCAAGGUGGAGGUGAUCAAGGCGUGGAAGAGAAAGCACAUGAUUCUGCGCAGUGCCAUUGCCGCCUUCCGUGGCGUGCGCCCCUUCAGGCCAAAGAAGAAGGAAGAGCAGCCGAAAGCCCUGCCAGAGUCCCUGUGUGGCGCUGCGGCAAAGGACCCGUCGUGCAUUGUUGUGCGGCCGCAGCUGGAUGGCCGCAUCUGUAUUGUGGGGGUCACGCCGCCGCCCUUGCAGGGCAGCCCGCCACGCGCGCACAAGGCCAAGCGCGCGCACGAGCCAACAAGAGGACAGGACCAGGACGGCACUGCCGACGACGGUGACGCCUGUAAUGAUGGCGAUGACGAGGAGGCUGCAGCAAAGCUUCCAAAGACGGCCAUCGCCUGAGUGUGACAUGACACGCGUUGUGUUGCUCCUUUGUUACGCCAGCUGUACUUGUUGUGGGUUGUUGUUGUUGUUGUUGUGGGUUGUUGUUGUUGUUGUUGUUGUUGUUGUUGUUGUUGUU